UCAAUCGAUUUUAACGAGAACGAACUGUUGUCAUUUUCCAUUGCUCGGACAGAAAAAACUACUCUGACCUCCUGACCAUCAAAAAAAGGGGUUUCGCACUUCAUUUUUCGUCUCCAAAUUAAACCAAACGAUUUAAAGUAUUAAAAUUGUUCAACAUGAUUAACGCGGCGUCAAGAGCAUACUUGCGGGCAACCACUCAAGCAGUUUCCAACAGUUUGAAACCAACUGUUCUAGCUACCUCGCAGAAAAAACCAGUCGUAGUAGAUGCUGCUUUAAAUAAGGAUGCUCCUUUGGCAACAAUUGUUGCAAAGACUGGACUACAAACCGUAUCCCAAGUGCGAUGCGCCCACACUGAUUUGCAUGUGCCAGACUUCUCGCCCUACCGUCGUGAUGCAGCGAAACGGCUAGACAGGAAGGAUGACAGUGCUGAGAGUCGCAAGGCUUUCACUUAUAUGAUUGUUGGUUCGGGUGCAGUGGGUGCUGCUUACGGUGCCAAGGCCUUGGUAACACAGUUCAUUAGCUCAAUGAGUGCUUCAGCUGAUGUUUUGGCUCUGGCUAAGAUCGAAGUAAAGUUGGCCGACAUCCCAGAGGGCAAGUCAGUGACGUUCAAGUGGAGAGGUAAACCAUUGUUCAUUCGCCAUCGUACAGCUAGCGAGAUUUCCGCCGAACGUGGAGUUUCACUUGGAGAGCUCCGUGAUCCUCAAUCAGAUGAUCAACGAGUGCAACGCCCAGAAUGGCUUGUUGUGAUUGGUGUGUGCACACAUUUGGGUUGUGUGCCAAUUGCCAAUGCUGGUGACUUUGGUGGCUACUACUGUCCAUGCCACGGUUCUCACUACGACGCUUCUGGUCGUAUCCGCAAGGGACCUGCUCCACUCAACUUGGAAGUACCAGCUCAUGUAUUCCCAGAAGAUAACCUCUUGGUCGUUGGUUAGAUGAAACAUUUAAUGUCAAAGAUUUACAUUUAAUAAAAAAGAAGAAGUUGGCUAUCGAAGUGUUUGGCUUACUGCAAAACUGUAGAAAUUCAAACAUUAAUUCAAAAUAAAGAAAUUAUUAAACCUACAACAGGUUAAAA